UGUUAAAGAUUCGAUUUGAUUAAAUUAUUCAAUUAAUGUUUUUAAAACAAUAAAAACCACAAAUAAGCAAAACAAACAAACAGUUAAACAAUAAAAAUGUAGUUCUAUCUUUUAAUUUUUUUUUUCUAAAAACAAGUGUGCAUUCACCAUUUUGGAAUCCAUUUGCUUAAAUGUCGACCUAAAUAGAAUAAAUGUAUAUCAAGCAAUGCGGUCAAAGGUUGCAAAUUGAGUUUCUAUUUAAAACCACAAAACUGCGUUCCCCUUUUAAAUAGCAGAUAUGUGUAGAUAUAUUUCAGUAAACCACCGAUCUUCUAUCAGCACGCAUGUUGAGUAUAAUGAAAUCGUUAUUCGUUGUACUACUUUUAUGGACUUUGCUGUUCGAAGUGGGUCAGAGUUCACCACACACGUGUCCCAGUGGGAGUCCAAAUGGAAUUUACCAGCUGAAGUUGCCAGGAGAAGAACCUUUCCAAGUGACCCAGUGCAAAACGACGGCAAGAGAUUGGAUUGUCAUUCAAAGACGACUAGAUGGAAGUGUUAAUUUCAAUCAAUCGUGGCUUAGUUACAAAGAUGGAUUUGGCGAUCCGAAUGGCGAAUUUUUCAUCGGCCUGCAGAAGCUUCACCUGAUGACUAGAGAACAACCACACGAACUUUUCAUUCAAUUGAAGCAUGGUACUGGCGCUACAGUAUACGCUCACUUUGAUGACUUUCAAGUGGGCGGUGAAACUGAAUUAUACAAACUGGAAUGGGUGGGAAAAUAUUCUGGAACAGCUGGCGACUCACUUAGAUACCACAUAAAUAAAAGGUUCUCGACUUUUGAUCGUGAUAAUGAUGAAUCUAGUAAAAAUUGUGCAGCCGAGCAUGGCGGGGGUUGGUGGUUUCACUCUUGUUUGUCAAGCUCGCUAAAUGGACUUUAUUUUAGAGAAGGUGAAACAGUCAUGCUGAAUGGAAUUCACUGGGGCCGCUGGAAAUUCCAAUCCUUAACUUUUGUUCAAAUGAUGAUAAGACCGAAAUACUUUUAGAUUCACGUUAAAAAAAAAAUUAAAUAAAAUAAAACUGUAUUAAGUUAAUC